GGGGCCGGCGGGCAUGGAGGGGCCGAGGCAGCGCUGCCCGCUGCCCCCCGCUGCACAGGGCUGGGCCCGGCCCGGCCGCGGCACCGCGAUGCUGGCGCUGGCGCUGCUGGUGCUCCUGCACCCCCUGCUCCGGGGCCUGGCUCUGCAGCUGCACUCGGCUCUCACGGGCAGCUCCGUCCCCGGGACGCACUCGGUGGUUUUUGUCACCUGCCUCAACGAGCGCAUCGCCAGGGACAUCGCCAGGGCCAUCAUGGACAGGAGGCUGGCUGCCUGUGUGAACAUCCUGCCCAAGAGCUCGGCCCUAUAUUUCUGGAAAGGGGAACUGGAAGAAUCCACUGAAAUACUGCUGUUGGUGAAAACAAGGACGUCCAGAAUAGAGGAAUUGUCCAACUACGUCAGAUCCAUCCAUCCCUUUGAAAUCCCCGAGAUCAUCAGCCUGCCCAUCGACCAGGGGAACCCUGCCUACCUCCGGUGGAUGGAGGAGAGCGUCCCACGGCACUGAGAGGCGCAAAGUGCCGCUCAUUUUUGGGGAGCGGCUCAUUUUUGGGGAGCCGCGCCGAGGCAGCUUUUAUCUUCUGGGGUUUGCUGUGGCACAGGAGCUCGGGAUUGGGAAAGCUCCGGGAGCGCUGGGCAGCCCGGAGCCGGCCCAGGCUGAGCUGGGGAAGAGCUGCCUGCACCCAGAGCUGUGCGUGAGGAUGCGGAGAUGCCCCUGUCAGGACACUCGGGGCUGUCAGCAGCGAAUUCCAGCCGGGAGCCGUGGCCUGGCGGUGCCGUGUGUCCCCACAGCCAGCCCUGACCCUGCCUGGGCCCCCAGCAUCCUGCCCGAUGUGCCCCAAUGUGCCCCGGCCGGGCACCCCCUCCCCUGGCGGCUCAGCCCUGCAGAGCCCGGGGAAGCAGCAAAGCCCAGCA